UCACGUGAACUAAUUCAUUGUGAGAGCCUGUGAGGAAGCAGCGAGCGACUCGACUGGUCGGUGAAACCAGCUCUGCUCCGGGAAACGCUGAGAAAAUCCAACUGCGCGCCACAGAAACUACAGAAAUGGCAGCCAUUCGUAAGAAGUUGGUGAUCGUGGGGGAUGGAGCUUGUGGGAAGACCUGCCUUUUGAUUGUCUUCAGCAAGGACCAGUUCCCUGAAGUCUAUGUCCCCACUGUGUUCGAGAACUACGUGGCUGACAUCGAGGUGGACGGCAAACAGGUGGAGUUGGCUCUCUGGGAUACGGCGGGUCAGGAGGACUAUGACAGGCUGAGACCUCUUUCCUACCCAGACACUGAUGUCAUUCUCAUGUGCUUCUCCAUAGACAGCCCUGACAGCUUGGAAAACAUUCCAGAGAAGUGGACCCCUGAAGUCAAACACUUCUGCCCCAAUGUUCCCAUCAUCCUAGUAGGAAACAAGAAAGACCUGCGUAAUGACGAGCACACGCGCCGAGAGCUGGCCAAGAUGAAGCAGGAGCCAGUGAAAUCAGAGGAGGGCCGAGACAUGGCUGGACGAAUCGCAGCAUUUGGUUACAUGGAAUGCUCCGCCAAGACCAAGGACGGCGUACGGGAGGUGUUCGAGAUGGCCACCAGGGCAGCACUGCAGGCCCGCCGCGGAAAGCAGAGGAAUAAAUGUGUACUGCUGUAAAAUGGCUGACACAUAUGGACUGUUUUCACCCUGGGCUACUGUACAUGGGACUAGGGCAUCGGGAGGGAUUGCGGGAAGGCUAGAUUGGGGGAGGGGGGGAGGAAAAGCAGUAAACUACUACCGCUGUAAAAUGGCUGUUUGUUGGACUGAAUUGACCCUGGGACUUGGGUUUGGGAAGCUUUGAUUGACCGGGACGGGUGGGUGGAAGGAAGAGGAACGAGGGAGCGCAAGAUAUGAAUACCGCUGUAAACAUUGGGCUCUUCACCUGUAGGGUUACCAUCAUGGUGGGACAUUUCCACCAGCCUUGUCAUGUGUCUCAAGCCACUUACACUGAUAAAGAACCUUCAGAGAUCCUGGUCCUUUCCACGCUCAGUGGGACAUUUAUCCCAAUGUGUUAAUAUCUGGACUUAGACAGAUGGGAAGAUUGAAUCUCAGUAUUUGGGGGUGACCCUGAUGAGACUUAACCAGUGCAGAACUGUUUUCAAAGUUUUUAUUAUGCGCUGUAGUGAUCUGGAAAAGUUGUUUUAACAGCUCCAACAUUGAAAAACUCACCAAUAAACAGUGCAUUAAACAGGAUUGAGGUUAAAUGGCUUGCAGUUUAAUUCAAGAAUAAAAAAGCAAUUUGGUUAAAAUUGGGAAUUUAGAGAAUUUUUCCCGGAUUGGAUGCUCUAUAUGAAACCAGUGGUCAUGUGUUUUCAGGUGCUCAGGUCUUGUGUGUUGUAUUAUCAGAGAGGCUUGGAGUCACAUGCUCACAUGUCCAGCUCAGUUCCAUUUAGUCCCUGACAGGGGCUAAUCCUAUAUGUACAGAAUCAGUGACAAACACAUUGAGCCCUGCUCUCACUCAGAUUAUUUGUUAUGACCUGAUAGUAAAUUCUUUUAUUUGCAGAUGAACUGUAGUUGGUUUACAGUUUGUGUUCAAAUUAAAUUGCCCCUCAGCCCUGGGCUUUAAACUAAAGCUACAUGCUGAUCUGCAAUCCAGUGGCUCUGUUCACCACCUGUAUUGCAGCCGCUGCUGUUAAUAUCAGGCAUCACCGCAGUGCUACAGAGGAAGUUAACAUGCAUCCAGAGGAGCACCAGAGGGACUCCCUCAGUGUCAUUAACAGACACUGAACUGUCCACAUGCUGCUGAAUCUUUAUGGUGUUUGAUCCGUCUACAUUUGGAGAUGAUCAGCUCUCACGUGAAGGGGAUUUAACAUUUGAUCAAUUCUCUCGACUGAAUCAGUGGCAGUUGAAUUGUUUGUCCCACUGGAUGAAAAGGGUAUCUACCUGUCCUGCGUAGUACAACCUGAGCAAACUCUGCUCCACUCACAUCCCUUCCUGUUCCACAUAGCUGACUGCUGGUGCUCCCCUUCCCCUGGUUUGGAGUAGAAAGUAUUUGUGUUUACAUGCACACCACUGAUCUCCUUAUUUGGGACAAAUGAUUACUUUUUGUUUGCGUGUAGGCAUGUAUAAAAAGGUCAAAUGUACAGGCUCUGAUAAUCUCAUGUUAGCCAUCGUUUGUUUGUCUUUGGUUGGUUAAAUGUUGCUAUCUACCAUCUGCAUUAACAGUUUAACCUAUAAAGACAAAUAUGACCUUUUCAUCCAUAAUACUUUGCAUGGAAACCCCAGAAUGGUCAGAUUUGGAGAUAAACAUUCAGGUAAUCUUCAUCCCUUACAUGCUCAGUGAGAAUUAACCACCGGCUUUGUGUUGGAAAAACACUUGGUUUUAAUUUCUUUAAAUGUUUUAUUUUAAUUUUUAAGUCUUUUGUUUUAGAAAUGAAAGUGUGGCCAGUUAUAUUUGGGUUUAUGAGUCACCAGCCUUCCCUGACUUUUCUGUGUGUUUUCCUGCAAGACUGAGGCUUUCUUCUGAGUGUUGCACCCUCCGGUUCUUCUUCCUGGUCCACAGGGAGGAGCCUGUUCCAGAUGCCCAGUUGUGUGUCGUUGUUUUCAUACUUUUGUUUUCUGCUUUAAAAAAAAAAGUCAUAAAUAUGUCGUCUAUCAGUAUUUAAAAGUAGGAGGUGGAAGACUAGGGGACUGCUCAUGUGUUGUCGCUUUAGUUUAAUCUUCUUCUUUUGUGCUUUACCUGAACUUUUUAUUUUUAUGAUGAUUUUCAAAUGGGUGUAACGACUCGUCAAUCAUCCCUGCCAAAGUUGUUAGGCAGUCAGGAGAAAGGCUGGCCCCUCGGCUGCCUGUCUAGAGCAUCACUAUGACCAUGUGUGCUGGCUUUUUUUUGUUUGUUUGUUUUCAAUACAAACUUGGCUGAUAAGACAAAAGGAAAAAAAACAACUCUAGUCUCCUUUUAUGUACAAAUCAUUUUUAUUUCUAGUUUUUAUUGUAUUUUAAAUCCUGAUUUUGGAUGCUGUAGCAGUGAUGUACACAAAAGGAACAGUAAAACCAAGCUGUAUGCAAAAGUCUGUAAAUAUGAAAUGUGGGUCUGUUCAUACUAGACUAUACACAUGCACAGGACUGGAAACUGUAUUUGUAAACUAGCUUUGGUUUGUGUAAUAAAUUACUUUCUAUAACA